GUGUGUGUGUGUGUGCGUGUGCGUGUGAUUACGUCACAGCUGGGGAGGCUUUAUAAAUGCCUCUCAGCUUUCUUCAUGAGAACAACUGCUUUCACUCUCACACGAGCAGAACGCACUCCUCAACAAGGCAAGGAUGAACUGUGGUGUGUGCGUGUGUGUGCUUCUGGCCGCCCUCUCGGUCACCUUUGCAGCUCGCACCCGCUCCUCUCCAGCGCAGGAGGAGAACAACGCUCUGCCCUCGCAGAUGGACUCCAGUAUGAACGCCGGACAUGACGCCAACCCCCGCGCCAACCUCAACGAGCUGCUGGCCAGACUUAUCUCCAGGAAAGGAUCUGUUCGGCGGAACUCGAUGGCAAACAGCAAAGCGAGCGCUUUGAGCACUAACCACCGGAUAAAAGACCGGGACUAUUUGGGCUGGAUGGACUUCGGCCGCCGGAGUGCCGAGGAAUACGACUAUUCCUCAUGAGGGACCACGCCCUCGCUCCUCACUCCUUUCCCAAAUAAAAAGAAUAUAUUUAUUACUAUCCUCCUUUCUUCUUAUAAUGAUGCUGAUGAUGUAUUUGAUGUACAUGUUUGUAAAUUGAUAAUGCAAUAUACACUUAUGCCAAAAUUUUUUCUGAAAGAUCUUUUUCGUUUUUGUUUUUUGGUGUUCGCUUUUGUGCUUUUGCGAGUGACUGGGGAAAAGAAGGCUGGUCUGGGUGACAUAGUGCUGUUAAUGUAUUUCCAAUAAACAAGGUCAGAAUUCGACUGUGGCCUCAAACCGUG